AUGGGUGAUGGGAUUCCCGGCGCGUACUAUUCGUCGAGCAUGCAGUCGGCCUCCACAGCUUUCACAGUCGGAACCCCGUCAUCCCAGGAUUUUAGGCACAUGGGCGCUUGGAAUCCACCUGGAGCCAACUUUGAUCCCGUACCAGCCCAAGAAGAUCCCCGCGGCCGUGACCCAAUACAAUUGAACUUGCAAAAUCUCCCAGGGAGAUCCGAAAGAUCGAUGUCGACUUAUGUCAACAGACCUAGCAGUCCAAAUCAUGAUGAGAAGAAGAAAAAGAAGAAACACUCCAAGUCCAGCCAUCGUCAAAAGUAA